CGAGAGGAGCCCCAGCCCAGCCCGGGCUGGACGGGAGGUGUGAAGUGCCAGCAGCAGGGCAGGAAGGAAACAGCUUGUGCUGAGGGAAGGAGCUGUCAGGAAGGAGGACAAGCCCAUCCUGCAAGGAACUCGCUGGAGCCAGGCUAUCCUGCCUCUGAAAAAGCAGACUGGAAUGGGAAAUAUGCCUGAGGGAUAUUUCACACCCGUGGUGUGAGCUGGCCGGGGAGGAGCUGGGGCUGGGGGUGUUGGUCCUGCCCGGUGGGAUGAAGAUGCUGGGGGAGGAGGGAGCUCUGCCCUGCUGGGAUUCCCUCGUGGUUCCUGUUCUGGAUCAUCCCCAACAUGCUGAAGGGAGCAAAGCAGCUGCGAUGUGUCCCCAUGGCUUUGUUGGAUGUGGCAGUAAGAUGGAGCUGAGAACUCCUGGCAUCGGAGCAGUGCCAGCCCAAAGUUCCUCUUGCUGCUUCAGAGAGCACCUGGGCAAGGACUGAAGCCCUCUGCCACCUGAAGGGAGGAAGGACAUCUGUGUGCCCAAGGCCACAGCCAGUGCCCUGCGGAGAUGGCGAGCGCAGAGCCCGGCCCUGAGGAUGCAGCCGAGGCUGAAGAGGCCGUGCCCGAGGCCGUGCCCUGUGACAGGACGGAGCUGAGCCAGCGGCUGGCCCUGGAGGAGCUCAUCAGCACCGAGGCCAGCUACGUGCACAACCUGCAGCUGUGCGUGUGCGACAUCCGGGCACACCUCCGGGACAAGCAGCUGCCCGAGCUGGACCUGGAAGGACUCUUCUCUAACACAGACGACAUCCUCCAUGUCUCCAGACGGUUCCUGAAGGGGCUGGAGGCCACGCCUGGCCAGGGGCAAGAGCAGCUGCUCUGCAUCAGCACGCUGUUCCAGGAGUUCAAGGAAGAGAUGGAGGCUGUCUACAAGAUCUACUGUGCCAGCUAUGACCAUGCCCUGCAGCUGGUGGAGAGCUACCGCCGGGACCCCCGGCUGCAGGAGCAGAUCCUGGACACCCUCAGUGCCACCGUGCCUCACACGGGCGCGUCAGACCUCAGCUUCUUCUUGGUGAUGCCCGUGCAGAGGGUCACCAAGUACCCUCUGCUGCUGGGGAAGAUCCUGGAGAACACCCCCAGCAGUUCCAGUGCCCACUCAGCCCUGCAGGCAGCGGCUCGUGCCAUGGCCCAGGUCAAUGCCAACAUCAACGAGUACAAACGGCGCCGGGAAGUGGCAACCAAAUACAGCAAGGCCGAGCACCUGACGCUGCGGGCCCGCCUGGCGCGCCUCAACACGCACUCCAUCGCCAAGAAAACCACGCGCCUCAGCCGGCUCCUCAUGCACGAGGCUGGCAUCGUGGCCAAGACUGAGGACAAGGAAUAUGACGACCUGGAAGAGAAGUUCCAGUGUGUGGCAUCCAGUGUGGCCACGCUGAAGGAGAACAUGGCAUCCUACCUGGGCCACUUAGAGGCGUUCCUGCUGCCCACCCCGCACCAGUGUGACCUGCAGAUGGAGCAGGGACCUGCCCAGCAGCACCGCCGCCUCUCCCAGCUCCUCCAGAGCACCGUCUUCCCCCAGUUUAAGCAGCGUGUGGACAGGCUGGUGUGGCAGCCCCUGUGCAGCCUCUCAGACAUGCUGGAGGGGCCCCAGCAGCUGGUCAAGAAGCGCCUGGACAAGCUGCUGGACUACGAGGAGAUCCAGGAGAGGAAGAGCGAGACGGGCAGCGUGAGCUACGACGAGGAGGCAGCCAUGAACACCUACCUGGCCAUCAACGACCUGCUGGUGGCCGAGCUGCCCCGCUUCAACCAGGUGGCUGUGCAGCUCCUGGGGCAGAUCCUGCGCUCCUUCAGCGCCCUGCAGCUGGACCUGGCUGCCCAGGUCCUGCACCACGCAGAAAAGGAGCUGGAGCAGCUGCCCCAUGGGCACAUGCCCCUGCCCAGCUUCUGGAAGGUGGUGGAGGACAGCCUGCAGCAGUCGGGGGCUCAGCUCCGUGCCUUCUGCCAGGCCUUUGAGACCGUGGCACCCAGCCCUGGCACACAGCCCCUGACCCCUGCCGAGGAGAGGAAGGUCCUUUCCCUUGUGAGCAAGCACGGCCCAGACAAGCUUUACCAAGUGACCAGCAACAUCAGUGGCAGCAGGGACUUGGACCUGACCUUGCUGAGGGGACAGAUCGUGGCUCUGCUGCAGAGCGCCGACACCAAGGGCAACACCAGCAGGUGGCUGGUGGAUGCUGGAGGUCCCCGAGGGUUUGUUCCUGCUGCCAAACUCCGGCCCUACAGCCCCGUGCAGGUGCAGCAGCCUGUGCUGCAGCUGCUGGGCCUGGACGGUGGCACGGACAGAAGGAGACAUUCCUAUGCUCCCCCUGAAGCCCCCAGGCCACAGGUGGCCACCUUCACCCCAACAUUCCAGGUGGUGGCCGGUUUCUCCUUCGCAGCGCGGAGCCCGCAGGAGCUGAGCGUGCGGGCAGGGCAGCCCGUGCUGCUGCUGGAGCCCCACGACAAGAAGGGCAGCCCGGAGUGGAGCCUGGUGGAGGUGGACGGCCAGAGGGGCUACGUGCCCUCCAGCUACCUGGUGACCGUCCCCGCGCAGGACCCCGCGGGCUGGAGCCUGCCCGUGUGAGCGUGCCAGCCCCAGCAAGGGCACGGAGGGCAGCUUGGCACCCGAGGAAUCCUCACAGGAGAUGCUGGAGGGAGGCAGCCCCCGGCUGGGAAGGGGGUGGGAGGCACCUGGGGGACGUGGCCCAGGGACACGAGGAUGGCACUUGGGAGGCACCCUUGAGGUGUGAGGGUGCCAGGUGCUGUGUUGGCACAAAGCAAAGCAGCACCAGGGAGUGAGGGCAGUGGCUGCAGUGAUCCAGGGAUCUGCUGAAAUCCCUGCAGGUGACAAACGUGUCCUGGGGAGGUGAGGCAGCGUGUCCCUGCUUAGGGCAGGAGUGACAGCAGAGGAGCAGCACUGCACAGGGGUCCUCAGCCAGGCAGGGGGCACUGGGACACCUGGGCACAGCUCCUGGGCACUGGGGCACCUGGGCACCUGAGUACUUGGGCACUGGGCAGACGGGCACUGGGCACCUGAGCACCUGAGAAUUUGGCUACCUGGGCACCCCAGUACCUGGGAAAAUGGGCACCUAGGCACCUGAGAAUUUGGUUACCUGGGCACCUCAGUACCUGAGAAUAUGGCUAUCUGGGCACCUGAGAAUUUGGCUACGUGGGCACCCCAGUACCUGGGAAACUGGGCACCCAGGCACCUGAAAAUUUGG